AUGCAAUCAUUCAUCGCAACCAUUUGCUUUUUGCUUAUAGUAGCUGCACCAGCAUCCACGCAGACCCAGGGAAUAUCCACAGCACUACUCGACACCUUCAUUCAUUAUGCUUCCAUAUGCAUGGCAACAUACGAUGGCGAUCUCUGCCUCUCUCCCGGUGGACUCACUAAAGUAACCGACAUCACCAACAGCGAAACAGAUGUUCAUGGAUGGAUACUUCGAGACGAUGCUGCUCAAGAGAUCGUGGUCGCCUUCCGCGGCACUGAAAGUGUACAAAACUAUGAGUCCGAUAUGAACUACACCUUGGCCGAUUUCGAUACCAUGCCAAGUUGCACGAACUGUCAAGUCCACGGCGGUUAUUACCUGCUCUGGGAAUCGGUCGUGGACGAUGUUCAGAGUUUACUCGAGUCGCAAACUUCUCAAUAUCCCGAUUACGGGGUUGUGAUCACCGGACAUAGUCUGGGUGGCUCCUUAGCCGCUCUCGCAGCUGCACAAUUCUCUUCGACAUAUGAGAACAUGACUGUCUACACGAUGGGCGAACCACGCACAGGCAACGCAGCAUUUGCAUCAUAUAUAGACACCCAUUUUCAGACCAAUAGCUCAGAAACAACUCGAUUCUUUCGCUGCACGCACGCAAAUGACGGUGUUCCGAACUUGCCACCACUGGAUCUCGGCUAUGUUCAUCAUGGCCUCGAAUAUUGGAAUACUGAUCCAACAGGGACGAAUACCAGUUACAUCUGUGGUGCCGAGACGACAGAAUGCUGUGGUGGUCAAAAUGGAACGGGCAUCAAUGCUGCACACUUGGUAUAUUGGGGUAAACCUUUGGUGAUUGGGGGGCAAUGCCUUUGA